AAAUACUCUUGUCAUUGUGGUCGGCUGGUGGGAAAUGCUGUGCAAUCAUUGCAUUCACUCUCUCACACUCACUUCUUCUUCUUCCUUGAGCUCACUCUGCAACAAACCCAAACCCACUUCCCACGCCAAAUUCUUCAUCAGAUCAUUACUCACAAACUCUCAAACUCAUCAUCAAACAAUGCAAUUCCAUGAAAACAACAACAAUAAAUACAAAUCUUCACUCCAAUUCUUAACCCAGAAACCCUACACUCCACCUUCAUGGGCAACCCAUCUCAAUCCUGUUCCCACCCAUCAAUUCUCUCUCGGUCUUUUUCCCACGCCCAUUCAUCGUUGGCAUCUCCCCAAUUUGCCUAGUGGCACUGAGGUUUAUCUAAAGAGAGAUGAUUUAUCUGGAAUGCAAUUGAGUGGUAAUAAAGUGAGAAAGUUGGAAUUUUUAAUGGCUGAUGCGGUGGAUAAAGGUGCUGAUUGUGUGAUUACUAUUGGUGGUAUUCAAAGUAAUCAUUGCCGUGCUACUGCUGUUGCUGCGAAGUACCUUAAUCUUGAUUCUUAUCUUAUACUUCGAACAUCCAAGCUUUUAGUGGACCAAGAUCCUGGAUUGACUGGGAAUCUGUUGGUGGAGCGUUUAGUUGGAGCUAAUGUUCAACUUAUUUCAAAAGAAGAAUAUUCUCAACUUGGGAGUGUGAGUCUUACUAAAAUCUUACAAGAAAAGUUGCAAAAGGAAGGGAGAAAGCCUUACGUUAUUCCUGUUGGCGGAUCAAAUCCCAUGGGAACCUGGGGUUAUGUUGAAGCAAUCAGGGAAAUUGAACAGCAAGUUCAAGCCAGUAGUGGCACACUAAAAUUUGAUGAUAUUGUUGUAGCAUGUGGCAGUGGAGGUACGAUAGCCGGUCUGGCACUUGGAUCAUGGUUGGGUACUUUGAAGGCAAAAGUUCAUGCAUUUUCUGUUUGUGAUGACCCAGAUUACUUUUACAAUUUUGCUCAAGAGCUAAUCAAUGGACUCGAAGCAGGUGUUAAUGCACGUGACAUUGUAAACGUUCAAAAUGCCAAAGGUAUAGGCUAUGCAAUGAACACCUCUGAUGAGCUUCAGUUUGUCAAGGAAAUUGCUGCUGCGACUGGCGUGGUUCUCGAUCCAGUUUACAGUGGGAAAGCUGUUUACGCAAUGAUGAAAGACAUGGCAGAAGCUCCAAAGAAGUGGGAGGGGAGAAAGGUCCUGUUUGUUCACACUGGUGGGCUCCUCGGCUUAUACGACAAGGUCGAUCAAAUGUCUCCGUUGAUGAAGAAUUGGUCUCGCAUGGAAGUUGAUGAAUCUGUUCCGAGGAAUGACGGGAUCGGUAAGAUGUUUUAGAGCAAUCAACAGCUGUAUCAUAACUAUUGUAUUUUUAUGAAGUUCAAGUUUGUGCACACCUGAAUGUGUCCAUAUUAAUUAUUUGGAUUCAUGAAAAACACCCUUGUAUAAACUUGCAAAAUAAAUGCUAGAAUGGAAUAACAGUAGCAUUCGGGAUGGAACUAAA